AUGGGCUUCGCCGAGUGGCGGAUAUGGCACAUGAGCAGUCCCCAAGGCCUGGCCCUCGUGGGCAUAUGGAAAGUCUGCAUCUACCAAGUGCCGCGCACCCGCGUCGCACCUUUCUGCCACAGCUAUCCGUUCUUCGACAGUUACCUCCCUCCUUCAUUUCAGAGAGUCCAGUACCUCCUGCUCCUCGGCGUUAUUCUGGGGUACCUGGGAAAGGUCGCCCUCAUUCUGGCUCUCUGGAAUGUGUUCAUGGCGAAGUUGUCUGAGACGAAGAAUUAUUUUCUGAUGUCCGGGUUUCUGUGCACCGUCGCGAGCAUCUGCGUUUUCCUGACUGUCAUCUACACGUACCAAGCCGUAAGCAGCGAGCAGGGCAUUGACUUCCCAUCGUCGUUUUCAAUGCCCUCCAGGCCCGACUCACAGGAACUUGGCACUGCGCCUUUGGUAGCAUCCCUGGGAGCCACCAUGAUGUUCCUGAGUGGUUUAUUUUCCCUUUUCCAGAAACUCCCCUGA